CGCACGCACACACCCGCCGCGCGGCCAGGCCACCGGCCAGCCUCUCUGCCUCUCUCCCCCCUCUCCUCUCUUUCCCUUUCCUUUAAGAAUACCUUAAAUAUCCGUUAAAACUUUCCGUUAACACUCGGUUUACCGUUUAUCGCCCCCGGCCGCCCCCCGACCAGGAGCGGCAGAAGCGACCACCGGGCCGGACGAACUCCCGGAUUAGCGAGUUUGUGCCGGACGUGCCGUGAUUCUCCGCCCCGCAGCGGGCCGCAACUUUCCUUCAUUUUGUUUCUCCUCUUCAUUCCUUCCACCGGCGGUCACGGCAACCGGACGGUGACGUCAGCCCCGAGAAAAGUCGAGAGGGAGCUGCCGUUACACCGGAGGAACGAAAUUAGAAGGUUUGGCGGAGCUGAGCGAUGGCGGGAGCGUCGGUCAAGGUGGCGGUGCGAGUGCGCCCGUUCAACUCAAGAGAGACGGGACGCAACGCCAAGUGUGUGAUCCAGAUGCAGGGAAACACCACCUGUAUCUCAAACCCCAAACAGCCCAAAGAUGGAGCCAAGAACUUCACAUUCGACUAUUCCUACUGGUCCCACACAACGGUGGAGGACCCCAGCUUCGCAUGUCAGAAGCAGGUGUAUAAGGACAUUGGAGAGGAGAUGCUGCUGCACUCUUUUGAAGGAUACAAUGUCUGUAUCUUCGCAUACGGACAGACGGGUGCUGGAAAGAGCUACACCAUGAUGGGCAAACAAGAGCCGGGACAGGAAGGCAUCAUACCGCAGCUGUGUGAGGACUUGUUCCAGAGAACAGGAGAGAACACAGAUCCUGACCUGACCUACUCAGUGGAGGUGUCCUACAUGGAGAUCUACUGUGAGCGGGUCCGGGAUCUGUUGAACCCAAAGUCUCAGGGGACUCUGCGUGUCCGGGAGCACCCCAUCCUCGGUCCCUACGUGGAAGAUCUGUCCAAACUGGCGGUGACUGGAUUCUCCGACAUCCGGGACCUAAUGGACGCCGGCAACAAAGCCCGGACGGUUGCAGCCACAAACAUGAAUGAGACGUCGUCCAGGUCACACGCCGUCUUCACCAUCGUCUUCACCCAAAAACGACGAGACCAGAUGACCAGCCUGGACACUGAGAAGGUUAGCAAGAUCAGUCUGGUGGACCUGGCUGGAAGCGAGCGAGCGGACUCCUCGGGGGCAAAAGGCACUCGGCUUAAGGAAGGAGCGAACAUUAAUAAAUCCCUGACCACGUUGGGAAAAGUGAUAUCGGCUUUGGCUGAAAUGCAGAGCAAUAAGAAGAGGAAAAGUGAUUUCAUUCCCUACAGAGACUCCGUUCUCACCUGGCUACUGAAGGAGAACCUGGGAGGAAACUCUCGGACGGCCAUGAUUGCUGCUCUAAGUCCUGCUGACAUCAACUAUGAAGAAACACUGAGCACUCUGAGGUAUGCUGACCGAGCCAAACAGAUCCGCUGUAACGCUGUGAUCAAUGAAGAUCCCAACGCCAAACUGAUCAGAGAGCUGAAGGACGAAGUGGAACGAUUAAGAAACCUGCUGUUCUCCCAGGGCCUGCAGGAGCUGCUGGACAACGCUGUCAACAACAACAACGGCGUCUUGGCUGCUGCGGGUGUGUCCGCCUCCCCGCUGCAGCUGGCGCUCACGGCCAAUGGGAUCGCACCUGAGAACGGCUCCGCCCCUCCAGGACCAGAGCCCGAGUCUGCAGCAGACGCUCCUGCUGACUCCGACCAGCUGAUGGAGAAUGGCGAGGAUGGCGAGGAGGCGACAGAGCCGAUCAGUAAAGAGGAGGCGGCUGAGAGGCUGAUGGAGACGGAGAAGAUCAUCGCAGAGCUGAACGAGACGUGGGAGGAGAAACUGAGGAAAACAGAAUCCAUUCGACUAGAGAGAGAGUCCCUGCUGGCAGAGAUGGGCGUGUCCAUUAAAGAAGAUGGAGGAACGCUGGGUGUCUUCUCUCCAAAAGGAACGCCUCACCUGGUCAACCUGAACGAGGACCCGCUGAUGUCCGAGUGUCUGCUCUACUACAUCAAGGAGGGAUUCACCAGAGUCGGGCAGCAGGACGUCGACAUCAAACUGUCCGGUCACUUCAUCAAAGAGAUCCACUGUGUGUUUGUUAGUGAGACCAACGAGCAGGGGGAGGUGGUUGUCACGUUGGAGCCGUUGGUCGGAGCCGAGACGUACGUCAACGGGAAGGAGAUCUCCGACGCCGUCGUCCUCAAACAAGGUCACCGCAUCGUGAUGGGGAAGAACCACGUGUUCCGCUUUAACCACCCGGAGCAGGCGAGGCUGGAGCGCGAGCGCAGCGUCACGGCCGAGCAGCAGGAGGAGCCCGAGGACUGGAACUACGCUCAGAGGGAGCUGCUGGAGAAACAAGGCAUCGACAUCAAGCUGGAGAUGGAGAAGAGACUGCAGGACAUGGAGAUUCAGUAUCGUAGAGAGAAGGAGGAGGCCGACCUGCUGCUGGAGCAACACAGACUGUAUGCAGACAGUGACAGUGGGGACGACUCCGACAAACGUUCCUGUGAGGAGAGCUGGAGGCUGAUUUCCUCACUGAGAGAAAAACUACCUGCUAACAAGGUUCAGUCCAUAGUGAAGCGUUGUGGUCUUCCCAGCAGCGGGAAGAGGAGGGAGCCUCUCCGGGUUUAUCAGAUCCCUCAGAGGAGACGGAUCAGCAAAGACCCCAAACGAGUGACCAUGGAGGACCUCCGCAUGCAGGCGGUGAAGGAGAUCUGCUACGAGGUCGCUCUCGGAGACUUCCGUCACUCCCGUCAGGAAAUCGAAGCGCUGUCCAUCGUUAAGAUGAAAGAACUGUGCCGCAUGUACUCCAAGAAAGACUCCAACGAGAAGGACAGCUGGAGGGCCGUGGCCCAGGACGUCUGCGACACGGUGGGCAUCGGAGAGGAGAGGAGCCCCCCCGCCGAGGAGGGAGGAGGGGGGGGAGAAGGUGGAGGGGGAGGGGGAGGGGGGGGAGAGAAAGUGGAGGGAGGAGCGAAAAAAAACGUGUACGACCUGAAGGCUCACAUUGAUAAACUGACGGACAUCUUGGAGGAGGUGAAGCUGCAGAACAACAUGAAGGACGAGGAGAUCAAAGCCCUGAGAGACAGAAUGAUCAAGAUGGAGAGCAUCAUACCUGUGCAGGACGACGAUCUAAACGGGGAGGAGGAGGAGGAAGAGGAGGAGGAGGGAUCACCUCAAAGGGAAGGGGGCGUAUCCAGGGACGGCCUCCCACAGCCCGAAGUCAGAGUGAAGCGUCUGAUGGACGAGGACCCGGCGUUCAGGAGAGGGCGCCUCCGCUGGCUGAAACAGGAACAGCAGCGGCUCCUGAACCUGCAGCAGCAAAACAUCACCAAGAAACUGCGAGGACUGAGCCAGACUCCAGGUCCGACUGCCCCCGUCGUCCCUGUUCAUCUCCCUGGGACCGGACGCUUCAUCCCCCCGCAGGAGUGCAAGCUCAAGUUCCCAUUUAAGAGUAACCCUGCCCACCGGUUGUCAUGGGGACCAGCCAGCGCCGCCCUGCAGGCCCUUGGUCUAGGGGAGGGAGGAGUAGGCGAAGGGGGGGAGCAGAGGGAGGAGGGAGGAGGAUUCGAUGGGAAAGCUUCUCCCUCACCUCCUCCUCCUCAGGGUCACUCACCUGCUCUCUUACCCCUCCCCUUCCAAGUUCCGCCCCCUCGCAUGCGCACCCCGAGCCCUCAUCGAGCCUGGCAGCAGCGUAACCAAGGCAACCAGGGCAACCAGGGCAACCAGGGCAACUUCUACCACCACCAGGGCAACAACCAAAACCACCAGCGACGCUAUCGCCGCAACUCUCUUGACAGCUCCCCCCAUGCUAACAGUAACUAUAACAACGACCAGCAUCAUGGAGGAGGAGGUCACCAAGGGCGACCGAGACAGAGGAGGGGGGUGUCGCCCGGGCCUGGAGGGGAACGAGCAGGGGGAGAGGGGGGGGGAGGAGGCGGAGGAGGAGGCGGAGGAGGGAGGGACAGAGACAGAGACAGAGACGGAGGCUAUCAUUAUAACCCUCAUCAGCACCAUCAGUACCACCACCAUCCUUACUACAACCCCCACAAUGCACCAUUCCAGCCAGGACCCCACCCCAAUUACCACAGCCUGCCGCGCUCUGGGAUCCCGCCCCCUCCUCCUGACAUGCUAAUAGGGGUGGGGCCACCACAAGGGGGGUGGGGCUUCACUACUCCGCCCAGGAUGAGACGACAGUUCAGCGCUCCGGACCUCAAAAAUAACAACAAGGAGACGCCCAUCUGACCUCUGACCCCUACGCCAUCGAGCUCUCUGAUUGGCUGCAGGACACAGGACAGUCCUGAUGCUGUACAGAACAGGCAGUGUGUGUGUGUGUGUGUGUGUGUGUGUAAGUGUGUGUGUGUGCGUAUGUGUCAGCACUUUUACAUUACUGAGUCAGCACGUCACACACAUCCUGCAUCUCCAAUCCUACUGUUUGAGUGUGUGUGUGUGUAAAUGUGUGUGUGUAAAUGUGUGUGUGUGUGUUUUAAGCUUGCUCCUAGCCUUUACAUUAGCAUGGGUUAGCUGUUGCCAUAGCAACACUGUUUUGACAAGUGGAUUUUUUUAUUUUUCCGUUUGUCUCGCUGUCAAACAGGAUGGAAGUUUAUUAGAAGAUUAUUUUGUUUUUUUAUUGAUCGCUGAUAUCUUGCUUCUGAUUGGUCGUUUAUAACGAGGUGCCUUGAAGCUGAGGUGUUAGCUCCCGAGGCUAGCUACUGUUAGCAGGAGUCUUCUGUUGAAGCUGUUUUUACUCAAAGAUAAAGAAUGUUGGUUUGUUUUUCUCUCUAAGAGUGUUUGUUCUUAAACGAGUGUUAGUCGCCGUUAGCCCAGGAGGCUAACUAGCCUGGUUCAGCCAGAGCGGUCCGUGUUAGUUAGCUUGCGCUGCUCUGGGCGCCAUGGGUGGGAAAUUAGCGUCAAGCUAAUAUUUUAUGUGGACAAUGCUACAGAAGGUCAAGUUUUGCACAGGUGAAAGUGUUAGCCUAGCCUAGCCUAGCCUAGCCUACCAGCGCAACAUUCAUGUUUUAUGGGAUUUACAAUUUGUGCGACUUCAGAAGAAGCUCAAAACGAGUUAUUUUAAUUAUUUUGAAAAUCUCAACGACAUUAAAGGACAAACAUUUAACUUUAAAACACGUAAAAAAAAUAGAAAAUAAAAUGGUUUUGUUCCCAGAGUUAGAAACAUUUACUGAAGGUUGGAGCUCGUAUUUCCUGUUUCUCCUGUGCGACUUGAAUGCUGCGUUGCUGAGUGCUAUAAACCAAAGAAAGCUGCUCUGUGGCGCCUCCUACAGGAGAGCGAGGAGCUGACGGACACGCUGCUGUACAGAAGGAAGGACGGAUGGAGGAUAAAAUCUGUCCACUCGCAUGUUGAAUCUAUUUUUAAAGAGCUGUGUGUAUAUUUGAAGUGUUUUUGACGUUUUUAUCUAUUUUAAAAACAGGCUGCGACACCUUCACUGUCUCUGGCAAUCGUGGGAAAUGUGGGAAGUGAUGCCUCAUGGGAGAUGUAGGAAACUUAUCUGAUAGACGGUGGCGGUGUGAGAUGUAGGAAACUGGAUGGAUUAUGGGUCUACGUAGGGCCGUGUUAGCAAGGAAUUAUGGGAAAUGUGAGAAGAGACAGAGUGGAGAUAAAAUACGAUGGAAGUAAAACGAGACACUACGAUAUGUUGCGUGAGAAUUCAAAGGAUCUGAAAUACUGAAAACUUUUGUCCACAUCAGAUGAUACGGGAGGGAAUUAACUGUUGCCUUCACUGACGUCAGGAUGCUGGGAAUUUGUGGCUUUAUCUCAUUUGUUGUUACUUCAUAGAUGUUUGGUUUCUUUCUGGCUCUGGACUGCAAACAAACACUGACGUUUCCAUGGUUACCUGAAAACUGGCGCCCUACCAUCGAUGUGUUGCUCAAUAAAUCACUGAACGUUUGAUUCAUUUCGCUUCUCAUUGCUGGUUUAUAUUCAAAUCAAGAUGUGCGCACAUUUAAUGAUGUAGGGAGAUUAUUUUAUCAUGUUGUGUUCACUGACCCUCUGGAAAAAUGAAGAUUUAACAGCCAAAAUGCCACAAAUGCCCAGCUUUCCACGCCACCCUGAACGCAGCCUUGGUGCAUUUCUCCGCCCUGAGUGAGGACACGUUCACUGUCAGGAGGAGCUGAGAGAUUAAGCCCCGCCCACACGAUGUUGGGCAUUGUGGGAGAUGACAAGUAGAGCGUCGUUGUGCUCUCUGACUGUAGAACCAACCAAUGGGAGCGCUCCCUCCGGCCGCACAAGUCGGAAAAGGAGUCGCCAUGGUGACGAUAAUGUUGACGAUGAUGACAAAAAACCCAAGAAAUGAUUGUGAUUGGCCGGAGACGCAUGACAUCAGCAGGAUCAUGUUUCUGCCUUGUUUGCUCUGCUGUCUUUGAUCUGACCAAUCACAGGACAAUCUUGAAAACCUGCUGCCACCGCCGGGCAGGAUGGGAAACGAUGUUUCCUUUUAGUUUUUUUUUUUUUUCUGAUGUUUUGAUUUUUUUAUUUCAAACUUCGGGUUCUUUUCUUUGUGUACUCAUUUGCUUCCUGCUUUCCCGAGUAUUUUAACCCCGCCUACAUGUUUGCUUUGUGAUGUCAUCACGCCAUCAUCACUUUCAUUAAUAUUAUAAUUAUUAUAAAGCUAUACGUUAAUGUUGGGGUCUUUUGGAUGCUGCUAAAGGGAGCUUCUCGCCCUCAUGCAACUGCCUGAUUGUUUGUGUGUGUGUGUGUUUGUGUUAAAUGUCUGUGUGUGUGUGUUAAAUGUGUGUGUGUGUGUGUGUUAAGUGUGUGUGUGUGUGUGUGUUCAGGGUUAAUUUAGAAUCAUUAUCUUAAGUUUGUUUAACUUUAUAAAACUGAUUUGACUGUUUUUUUUCUUCAUCUAAUUGUUAAGUUUUGGUCCUUUUUUUGGGGAGUUUUGAGGAGGGGGAGGGGCCUGGGAGAGGGAUUUGGGGAUGCUGUUGCCAUGACAACCCGACUCUGCGGAAUUCCUGAACAUUUAAUGUCCACCCUCCCUUCUCUCGGCGACUGUCCCCGCCCAUUCCUUACGCCUCUGCUCCAAUCACAACCUCAGAAUCUGUGACGUCGGCACAUGACGUCACUUCAGGACUCAGACAUGACGCAGACAUGAUGACGUCAUGGUCUAGCCCUCCUCCUAUUGGCUCAGAGCCCCUCACUUGUGUGGCUGUGUCUGUGUUGUUGUUGUUGUUGUUGUUGUAUCAGGAACCAAUCUCAGGCUCUACCUGCAGACAACACGAGGCAAUAAAGUGUCAACAAGACUGAAAACCUGAACCUGAGUCCCCUCCUCCUUCACUGUUUCCCCUUUCCAGAGAGGUCCAAACUACGGUGGCUUGGAGAGUUAAAUCAAAACAUUACACACACAGUGAAAACACAACUGAAGAGAUGAUACAGACUAUGAGACUUAGUCGAUCCUUUUUUUCAACCUCGUGUCAAAUCUGACAACAGAAACAUGAAACACAGAUUUUCAGAUUUUAUUUGAUUUCAGAUUUAUGAUACCUGACGUUUUAAAUCUAGAAUAACCAUUAAAGGUGACAUAUUCUCCU